AUGGAGGAGGUAGAUGUCGAGCCGGUCAUUACUAAUAUUCCUGCGGCCAGUCAUGACAAGCAUUUAGGGUUUGCCUGGGGUCCUGGUGAUAUCCUUGUGUAUGAGACCCUGUACAAAGCAUCAGGGAGCAAAAGAUCACCCUGUACCUUCAUUCAUGAGGUCAGGAAAGAUGAAGACAUAUAUUCUCCUAUCUUACGUAAACUCUUCAAUGAGUCACAUCACAUCUUUGUCGGACUGCAGACGAUUGGAGAGGACCUCCCAAGCAAAUCCAAAAAGCCACAGUUUGUUAGCGUCAGUAAAAACUACAGAUCUGUGAUACGAGCCUGUAUGGAAGAACUCCAACAAGUUGCAGUUUCAACAAAAGAUUCAAAAUUGGCCACAGAGUAUGGGAAUCAGGUCUCCAUUCUGUUGGCCAUAGAGCUCAUCUGGAAUCUGUGUGAAGUGCUUUUCAUUGAUGCUGCUCCAGCUGGUUCCCUGUUGCUCCACCUUUUGGACUGGAUUAGAUUGCACAGGGCUGAUGUGGACGAAAAGGCCAGAGAUGUGCUUCAAAGCGAGAGCCCAGCUGAGCACUGCGACUACUGGGAUGUGGUAGUGAGUUAUGUUUUACAGGGAAGGUUGGAAGAAGCGAGGCAGAUGCUGGUAAAGCAGGCAAUGCUGCAUCCUGCGUCCAGAAACAUGUACAAGCUGAUGGACAGUCUGCUGAGCAAGAUGCCCUUCUACAAGCCGGGUGGAACGCAGCCGUUAGCAGAGUUUGAUGUGAAGUGGAGACACUGGCAUGACGAGGUGGACCGCUGCCUACAGGAUGGGUCAUUUGCCAGCAACCAGCACCUGGAGCUCAUUUGCAAGAUUUUAGUGGGAGAUGAAGACACUUUACUCACACAGAAGGAACUGCUGAGCACCUGGUAUCAUUUCCUGGUGACGAGACUGCUGUUCUGCCACCCGACAGUUAAAGCCACAGAGUUACACUUCUAUGCACAGUCAUGUUUGACCAUGUUCCUGGACCCACGCAGCACGCCAGAACCUCUGGACAGCAUCCUGCUGGCCGCAUUUGAGAUCGAUAUUCACCAGGUCAUUAAGGAUUGCAGCAUUGCUCUCAACAACUGGUGGUUUGUGGCCCAUAUCACAGAUCUGCUGGAUCACUGUAAACUCCUUAAGUCUCAUAAUCUACAUUUUGGUUCAAACCUAAGAGAGUUUCUCCUGUUGGAAUAUGCGUCUGGGCUCUUCACUCACCACAGUUUGUGGCAGUUGGCCGUGGAUUACUUUGACCACUGUUCAGAGUUUGGCCGUGUUUACCUGGAGCUGCUCAUCGAACGCGUUCCUUUGGACACGGAGAGAAAAGCCCUGAAGGUGCUGAGGAUCUGUGAGCAGAGGCAAAUGUCAGAGCAAGUGCGCAGUAUCUGUAAGAUCAUGGCCAUGAGGACUCUGAGGAACAACAGGCUGGGCUCUGCUCUGUCCUGGAGCAUCAGAGCCAAGGAUGCUGCUUUGGCCACUCUCAUCUCAGAGAGAUUCCUUCAGGAUUACUGUGAGAGAGGAACAUUCUCUGACCUGGACCUGAUCGACAACCUGGGCUCAGCGAUGCUGCUCAGUGACAGACUGACUUUCCUAGGAAAGUACAGGGAGUUCCAUAAGCUGUAUGGAGAGAAGCGCUUUCGAGAAGCGGCCACGCUGCUCCUCUCCCUCAUGACGGCCAAGAUUGCCCCCCGCAGCUUCUGGAUGACCCUGCUGACUGAUGCCCUGCCACUACUGGAGCAAAAAGAGGUCAUCUUCACAGCAAACCAAACUUAUGAGCUGAUGUACUGUUUAGAGGAGCUGACGUCUUCACUCAACACCACAGCUCCCAGUAAAGACAAACCCAUGCAGGAGGACGAAGUGGAGAAAACCAAGGUGGAGCUGCUGAGACUAGCCAUGGCCAGAAACCUGGCGAUCGCCAUCGUUAAAGAGGGAACAGUGGAGACCUGAGUGAUGACGUCGCCACGGAAAAUGCCAUCUUUUGCUUUUUUUUUUGUACUGUAAAUAAAACUCCAGUGAUUAAAAUGUCUUUGAUAAUAAAAUGUUUCAUGAUUUCA